AUGGCUGACUUUGAGGAUUCGGCUGCCCGAUAUGAAGACGAUCGUGGCUAUGAACGUCGCGACAGAUCAGCCUCGCCUCGUGGUGACCGCGAUGACCGCAAUCGCAGUCGCUCCCCUGCCGGACGCGGCGACCGACCCCCCCCACCCCCUUCUGAUACACGCAUGAAAGAUGCCGAAGAUGAAGGCGCAGUCAAUACUGGCACCAAUCUUUUCGUCACCGGAAUCCAUCCUCGCCUCACUGAAGCCGAUGUUACUCGUCUCUUCGAGAAGUACGGUGAAGUUGAGAGCUGCUCGAUCAUGCUUGAUCCUCAUACCAAGGAGUCCCGUGGAUUCGGAUUCGUGAAGAUGGUCACCCCUGAACAGGCCGAGGCCGCCAGAGAAGGUCUACAAGGUGAGGUUAUCGAAGGCCGCACUUUGAGCAUCGAAAAAGCGCGUCGUGCUCGUCCUCGCACCCCGACUCCGGGCAAAUACUUCGGACCUCCCAAGCGGGGCGAUUUCCGUGGCCCACCACGUGGUGGCUACCGUGACCGCUACGAUGACCGUAGAGGAGGCCACGGAGGACGACGUGACGAUUACCGUGGUGGCUCUCGCUACGAUGACUACGACCGUGGCGCAUCUCGUGGAGAUGACUACGGCGAUCGUCGCGGCUACUACGGUGGUGGCAGACGUGACAAGGACGACGGCGGAUACGGCGGUCGCGGCAUCGAUCGUUACGAGAGCAGACGGGACGAAGGCGGCUACGGCGGCGGUCGUGGAGAUCGACGUGGAUACUACGACCGCAACGAGGAACGUGGCGGCGGCGGCUACCCUCCAGCAGCACGUGAGGAACCUCCUCGUGACUAUGCAGGUGGUCGAGACUACAGCCGCGAUGAUCGCUAUGCUGGCAGGUAA